UUCCCUCUUCUCUCUCUCCCGAUUCUCAAUCGGAAAACCUAACACUGUUAAGAUUAUGGAUUUUCUCUUGGAAUAUGAAAUGAUGUUACCAACCCAUGAAACUAGUUUAUGCUGUGAUACUCUGCAGGGAAUCUGUAAUUUCAAAUUAGAAAUCCAUCUGAAUCUCUAAUUUUGCAACAUUUUUUCUUUUCUGAGAAGGUUGUCAAAUUACUGAUUUAAAUGGAAGCUGAAUCUGAAGAAGAUGAUGAUAGAGAUAUUGGAGAACAUAACGGAAUGGAGAGAUACAAAAGUUCUUUUCAUCAAGAACUCUUCCAAGGGCCACAGCUGGUUUGUGAAAGAAUCAAUCUUUAAAUUAGAGAUGCCUCUGUUUUGCAGAUGGCUCCGUGUGAAAAAUGCGGCCAUAAUCGGAAACGUUGUCCAGCUGAUUGUAGCUACGUCCAGUACUUCCCUGCUGGUAGAAGGGACGAUUUUGUAGCUGUUAACGUAGUUUUCGGUUCUAUUAAGUUUCUGAGUGUAGUGAACGAAGCUCCAGAACAGAACUUAGCAUCUGAGUCACUAAUUAGACAUGCAAGAGCAAGGAUAGCGGAUCGAGUAAAUGGGUUUAGUGGUACCGCUUACCAACUUAGAAACCGGGUGAAUGAACUUCGAGCUGAGCUAACUGAAAGAGGGAUUCCCAUCGGAGGAGAGAUUAUUCCACAAAUAGAAGCAGAACAACUAGAAGCAGAACAAUCAGUAGUUCACAACGGGGGACCCUGUGGGGCUUGCAGGCAUCAGAGGAAACGGUGUCCAGCAAACUGUUCUCUUCGAGCAAUCUUCACUUCUCAAAGGAAUGCCGAUCUAAAUAAUGUUCUUGCCUUGUAUGGAGUUCCUAAAUUUAAGAGUAACAUGGAUAGAGUUGACGCUGCAGAAAGACGAUUGGCAGCUGAACGAAUGAUUCAAGAGUCUAGGGCUUGGAAUGAAUUCCCAGGCAGAGGAUUUGAGGUACUCAUCAACACUCUAAAUCAGGAAGUGCAGAGACUCACAAGGACGUUGGAAUUAGCAAAGUUACCUUUUAAGAAGAGGCUUGGGGGUUAGUAUGAAACUCUUUUUAUGGAGAUGGAGACAGAUACACACAUAAAGGAUUGCAUCAAGUGGAAGUUUUCAACUCAAAUAUCCGUCUGAAGCUCAAGUUUUAUUUUCAUCUCUAGUUCCAAUGGUACAUCAGCUUCAUCAACCAAUUUUGCUGUUCCUUUACCAGAUGGUGUAUAUUUUUACUGCUUUUUUUUUAUUUCUUUCUGCUGCUUCUACUCAUACUCGUUUCUUCUCUUGUUCUUCAGCAGCUUGAAGAUGAUGUGACUGUCAGUAAUUAGAAAUGUGUGUUUGUUUUUUACACUUGAGACUUGUUUUGUUGUUAGCAGUUUGAGGAGUUGUGUGUUUGUUUCUAGUUGCUUGUUCAAGCUAUACAGUGUUUUGUUUUUAUCUCUAGGUGUUCUAUGUUCAAGCUUUACUUUGUUUGUAAAGGCUUGAGGGUUUUGUAACAGUAUAUUUGUCAGUAAAUACAUUGUGUCAGAUACUAGUAUAAAUA